CGGCUGAGUUGAGACAGACCCGGCCUCGGCGCGGUGGCGGGACGUGGGGCCCCAGCCCGACAGCACCGGGCGCUCUCCCUCCCUCCCUGCCUCCCUCCCUCCCGGCAGCCGGCGGGGAUCCCCAGCGAGCCGGGGAGGAGCUGCGGCGGCCGCCAGACAGGCUGCAAGUCCUGAGAAGGCGAAAGGGGGGCGGGGAGCUCCGAGAGCCCGGUGGCAGGUCUCUCUUAAAGAGCUACGCCGCGCCGUGUCGCGCCACCCGGAGCGCUGCCCCUCCCCCGCAGCCCGCAGGGCCGGUGGCCGAACUGCGCGGUGGGCGGUCCCGCUCGCCCAUCCAGGGGCUGCGGCAGCGCUUCCGACUCCACAUUUGCAGCACUAGAGCCCUUUCGCCAGUUGAACUGUUUUUAAGAACGGACCUCAGGCUUCACCGACUUCACAGUGAGAACAGAAGCAGAGAACAGCAGAGCAGAGCAGACUGAGAGCCCUCGGUGAGACCGAGCCAGCUCCCUGUGUGGAAGAUGUCGCCCGGUGUGGGACUGAGGAGCCCUUCGUUUUGAGAUUGGAAGAGUGGGUUUCGGCAGGACAGCGUCUCCGUUCCUGACCUCACCAUGGCUUCAACUCUCUGGCUGGAUGGUUGAUGUGACUGUGUGUGGGGGGCACAGCCAGUGGGCAUCAGAUGCUCCCAAAAGCCAGACCAGCAGAGUGAUGGACUUGGACAGGCUAAGAUGGAAGUGACCUGAGGCCUGGCCCAGGCAGUUUCUUCACAACAGGACAGCUUAAGAAUUGAAACACAGGCUUGUCUGGGGAGCAGUAUGCCGGAAGCUGGUUUUCAGGCCACAAAUGCGUUCACAGAGUGCAAAUUCACCUGCACCAGCGGUAAAUGCUUGUAUCUUGGUUCUCUGGUCUGUAACCAACAGAACGACUGUGGGGACAACAGCGACGAAGAGAACUGCCUCCUGGUGACUGAGCAUCCACCGCCAGGCAUCUUCAACUCGGAGCUGGAAUUCGCACAGGUCCUCAUCAUUGUCGUGGUGGUGACAGUGAUGGUAGUGGUCGUUGUAUGCCUCCUGAACCACUACAAAGUCUCCACACGUUCCUUCAUCAAUCGUCCCAACCAGAGCCAGAGACAGGAGGACGGGCUGCAGCCGGAAGGGUCCUUGUGGCCUUCUGACAGCUCCGUACAGCGGCCAGGGACUUCAGAGAUCAUGUGUGCCCCACGGGGCAGGGAUAGGUUUACUACCCCAUCUUUCAUCCAGCGGGAUCCGUUCAGUCGUUUCCAGCCCACCUACCCCUAUGUGCAGCACGAGAUUGACUUGCCUCCCACCAUCUCCCUGUCAGAUGGGGAGGAGCCACCUCCUUACCAAGGACCCUGCACUCUACAGCUCCGGGACCCAGAGCAGCAGAUGGAACUCAACCGAGAGUCUGUGAGGGCCCCGCCCAACCGAACCGUUUUUGACAGUGACUUGAUAGACAUUUCUAUGUACAACGGGGGACCAUGCCCACCAAGCAGCCACUCGGGCAUCAGCGCAGCUACCUGUAGCAGUAACGGAAGAAUGGAGGGGCCGCCCCCGACCUACAGCGAAGUGAUGGGCCACUACCCAGGCACCUCGUUCUUCCAUCACCAGCACAGCAAUGGACACAGGGGCAGCAGACCACAGUUUCAGCCGAACAACUCAGAGGGCACAAUAGUACCCAUCAAGGGCAAAGACAGGAAGCCUGGGGACCUGGUCUGAUUCCCUCCAGAGUGCACUUUUCAAGGAGAGAGGAACCUCGGCAGGGAGAGAGAGGCCCGCUGGCCCCACUGCCACAGUGUUGUCCACUUUACGUGGUACAGCUGAGUAAAACCAAAUGUGCAAACAACGGUCUUCGUUUCUGAUUCCUUUCACGGGAAUUGCAUGCAAACAAGACGGGAACACGAUACAAACUUCCAUCUGGUUUGACCACAAACAGUGUUCGUCUUGGGGCAGGGGUGGGGACAGGGCUAGAGAUGGUCUGAUCGAGGAGAAGGGGUGUGCAGAGAGAACCGAAAAGUCUGCUUGGAAGACGUCAUGAAAGUAAGACCCACAGAGGUAUUUUUGACAUAUUUAAUUCCAAAAGGAGACUGUGGAUAAAUGAGGCCACAGUGGCCUGUUUUAUAGUUAACUGAAUAAAGAGGGAAGAAUUAUUAUAUAUUAUCAUGGGGAAGAAUCAGCCAGUUUGCUUUCUCUCCAAAGGUGUGAAACUUAUUUUGUUUUAAAAAUAUGAGUCAAAAACUCCUGUUUUGUGUGCCAAGGUUUAAAAGUUGGAGAAGUUAGACGAGUGAGAGGAAGUGAUUUGUGUCGUGAUAUGUCUUAAGACUUGCACUAUCUCAAUGUUUAACAUAUGGAUGAGGGAACCGUGUUGUGUGAGGUUCUGUAUGUUGUCUUGUCACCUAUGGAUGGCUACCAUGCCCAAGGAACACUCUCGAGUGUCCACAGAGUCAUACAAGAAAGGUAUUUGGGAAUGUACCCUGGUGUUUACCAAGUUAACGUACAGUUUAAAAAGUGGUUAUGUUGCAAGAGUUCGCAGCCAGAAGCAGUAUACUACUGAGGUAUUUAGGGAGCUUGGUGAAAGGAGAUGCUUGCAUUGUGUACAGAGUGUCUUGCAGAGCUAGUCUUAUACCCAGCAGGGUCAGCAAUUUAGACUUUUUUUUUUUCACUGUAGCAUGAAAUAUAUUCAGAUACAUAACCCUAUUUUAUGCAAUAAAUCGUCUAAAAUGCAAGCUGGCUAUUUUGUGUACUGCUGAACUCUGGGUCACAGCGAGUCCCAUUGCCCCUCCCCUUUUCCCAGGCAGCUCUGUUGGGUUCUGCGAGGGUUCAGCACCUGGCGCCAGCCAUUGUCCCCAAGGCCACUUGGCUUUCUAAGUGCUGUGCUGGGAAUGGUUCUUUAUGUUUAAUAUGCCCCUGGACUUGACAGAGGAACAAGUUUGGCCUAAUAAGCCACUACAUCUCUCCAGUGUUGCAUGUUAGGGGAAUCCGGCAUGGACCUGCUAACACUCAUGCCAAAGGCUCAUUUCUGCAUAGCCAGUCUUUGUACCGUGGUAUUAGAGGUUAGAGGUGGUGGGUCAGGGUGUGACUCAGGACAAGGCGUGGCAGGCACAGUUGCAUCUGGAAAAUGGCUUCUUAGUAUUUGAGGUCAGCUUAUGAUUUCUAAUCCACCAACUCUCUUAUGCAGAUAGAAGAGCUGGCUUUCUAAACUGCACUAAGGCAGGGUUCAUCUACAGUUGGCAGGCCUGCUUUCUGGGAGUCUGGCCUCUGCGUGCAACACAAUGAACAGGAAUGGAAAUUGGGUGGCAGCUUUAACACCAAAUCAAUCUCUCCAUCUCUCUGUCUCUGUGGUGUGUUACUGAUUCUAGAAGUGCUUCCAUGAAGUAACUCUGUUUCCUUACCUGGGAACUAAAUUGUUCAAAGCCGGAGUCCUGUGUCACCCCAGGCACUUCUGCUUGUCCUCGUAGGCAGGCUGCUGGCUUGGUUUGAAAUUUGAAGUCUCCAUUGGAUUCAUCUGUUUUACACCAUAGCAUCCACAGGAAUACUCAGAGCCGAAAGGAGGAAGGACCGCUAGGCGGCAGCCGUCAGCUUGUCUUAAACGAUGUUUGGAAGGAUGUGCUCAUGAGGGUCACUGGGACUCAGGAGCUGCUCUUCUGUCUUGUCUGGUGACACUCAGUGGCCUCUUAGGCCACAGGUUAAGCAGGCCGGAGGUGACCUUUCCCACUAUUCUGAGGCCUCCUGAGAAGGUUCUGGCUCCUGGUGACCUAUGCUUUCAGGCUGUGCUUGAAUGGUACCCCGAGAUACAGUGGCAGAGGAGAGGUUUGUGUCCGCACUGGGAUCUUACUGGUCGCACUUGGGCAUGGAUGGCUGCCAGGGCAAGGUGGGGUUAUGGUUUUGCCAUUCCAAAUCCUAACUAGUUUUUGGUGAAGCUGGCGAUCCCAGGUUUUAGUUUCAGUUCCACACAGCUUCUCAGUCCUUCCUUUUCUCCUUCCUUCCUUUUCUAUCAGUUGUGAGAAUGAACCGAGAUCAGAGACUCAUAACUUUGGAACUUGGUAAGCACAAGGACAUUUUGUAGAUGCCAGUGGUAUAGGCAAAACAAUUAAUUCAAGGAUAUUUAAUUACGUUUCAAAACAGAAGUUGCUUUCUUAUUGUUAUUACACACACACACACACACACACACACACACACACACACACACACACACAGUCAAUAGUGAUUUUGAGGCUGGGCCUCUUUAAGGAAUUAGUAUAAAAGCCAAAGCAAAGGUCAUCAAUAUUAGUCCAUCUCUCUCAGCACAGGGAGGAGGUUUAGGUUGUAGCCUUCUAGCUGACUGCCCAUGCCGUGCUGCCUCCUGGCUCUAGGGUGUUGACUAAGCAGCUACUGUGAAGACGCAGCUCGUUCAGUGGGGCCUGAAGUCUUUCCAGAAGCUCAGUGCUUACAAGUCCAGUGUUCAGUUUGGAAAGCAGUGAAUUUAGGCAACUGACCGUAGGUUAUACUGACGGAUUGUUCCCAUGGGGCACUUGAGUAAAGGUUUACAUUGUUAGGAGGAGCAGUCAUGGGCAGGCCAUUCAUCUGUUGUCUCACGGAUUUCCAGGACUAUGAAACACACAGCCUGCAAAUCCAUCUCCUGGAGAUCAGCCUUUUGGCCUUCAUUUGCUUCUUCAGAAAUUCUAUAAACACAGAAGCAAUAUUUAAUAGAAGAGAUCAGGAAGCCAACGGCUCACCCAAUUAUGUUUACUGGUUAAGCACGCCCCAUGCCUUUGCCACCAUAGACACACACCUAAUCCCACAAGAGGUCACGGGGUGGGAGUGACUAAAGCUUACAGGCAUACUGUGAGAAUUACAAUUUUCCUUAGUAAUUUUUAGCUCAAACUCAAGAGCCAAGGAUAAGGAUUAACUGGGAUGAAUGCCUCUUCACAUGUACAUGGGAUUUGUGUGUGUGUAUGUAUUUUUUAAAUUCUAAGUAACUCCAAUUGAUCUUUAUCAGGACCAAAAGGAAGUACUUUCAGAAAGCUGCUUUGAGCUGAGAAGCCAUUCAUAUGCUGGCCUUCCCCACAGGUGUAGGCUUUCCGUCUCUUAUCCAACUGUUCUUUUUAGAGACUCCUGGAGUAGAUCCCUAAGAUGCCCUCAGGCAACCCAUGUGGCCUCUGCUGAGGUCUGCUGACACUCUGCUAGACAGAAGAUGGCCAUUCCUGGACUCCAGGUGUUGGGUCAUGGAGACAGAGUAUACGCGCUGUUACAGUGCUUCCAGAGUUUUGCUUGGAAUGGCAGCUCUAUGCCUCCUAGAACUGCCAGCAGUAGGGGCGUCGAGGGGAACACACUGGAAAGGAUAUUUGCUUUGUUACCUUUUGCUUUUCUCCCAUGUCAGUUGCCCAUCAAGACUUGCUUGCACCCUAAACUCACAGGCACCUCCGUGGCUGUGAUUGAUGGCAACAAACCCGGUUGUGUGGUUGCCAGGAGCUGUGCAUGGGCCUCGGAGACAGGAACGAAUCACGACCGCAUUCUCAGCCUCCUUUAGUCCAUAGGUUUUAGGAAUAAAGAUGUCACUUAAUAGCUGCUUUGCCAGCUGGAUGUAGCACAAGGCUGAUGUCACAGCACAGGGACAUCUGCUGAGCAAGGGACUUCUCCCCACACCCCAUCUUGGUCCCUAGGUAUGCUGGAGAUACUGUAACAUGACAAGGUUAGCACUAGGCAGGUGAUGCAGCUGCACAUACCCUCUUGGUCCCUAGCUCAGUAAGUCCAUCUCUAAGCAGCUGAGGUGCCUUGAUCUGAAGUCAGGAGAUAGAGGGCCCCAGCCCCAGUGUGUAGUGCUCACCUCUGUUGUGCCUCAUUUGAAAUGGUGCUUCUUCAACUGUUUGCUUUGAUUUGUAAGGUGCUGUAUAUACAUUGAACAUAUGCACAUACUCUACCCAAUGGGUAGAACAAGAAGUUAAUACUGUAAUAUAUUGUACAGAUACCAGUUUUAACAGAAAAGGCAUAGAAUUUGUGAAUGCCUAUGUACUCCACCUUUUGUAAGGAAACUUGCAAAUGAUUACAUACAGAUAAAAAUCUAUGUAGUUUAUUUUCCUAUUAAAUACCAUAUUAACACCAUGGAACAAAGUCUGAACCAGAAGCAGCCGUUCAUGACCAGCAUAUGCAUAGGAAUUAAGUUGCACCUUUGCUCUGAAAACACUUUGGCAAUUUCUAAAAUAUUUUUAUUUUAAUCCCUUUAGAAAUAGUUAGACCAGUUUGGUUCUAUUUUAGUCAUGGGGGAAAAGUUGCUUUGGAGCUUGCUCUAUGUGCAGGUCUUUUCUCUCGAUGUAUUUAUCAGUGUCAGGCCUCAGUGGGAUGUGCAAAUCUUUGAUGACACGCAUGGUGUCAGGAAAGUGAGUAACCUGUAGUAGAGGCUGUUUAGCCUAAGGGCACUUGUGACCAUUUGUGUCCCAUGUUUCUCAGUGCCUUGUCUUAUAAAUGGAAGCUAUGGAGCCAAUGAACUGUCUGGAAUUUGUAGGGAAUGUCUCAGAAAAAAAAGACCCAUUGGGGAAGAUGAUUAGGGUAGGGAAAAUGUUUUGUCAUUAGAGACCUGUCAACUGAGUAUAGACUCUGAAGUCCACUACCACUGUGUUCUGUGGUAGUCCUGACCCCUAAGACAAUUAGGUUUAAUUAUCAGGUUACAUGUUAAGCUGCAUGUCAAGUCAUACUUCUCUCUUCCAGCUUAGUCUUUAGUAUCCAAUUGUAGCUUUGGCAUUUUUGUCUUUUUUUCUUUUUUAAACACAGUAGCCCUGGUGUCCAUUAAACUACCAUGGAUACUAAGCACAAUCCAUAAAGGCAAUCCAUGGAAUCCUGCCCGUCCAGGCUAAUCCAGUUAUGUCAUCAUCUGAGUAAUUCCAGGCUUUUCUUUGUUCUGUGGUAUGUGCUCUGAUUUUGAAAGUCUGAAAUAGAAUUAUCCCCCAAUCAGGAAAAAAAAAGAAAAAAAGUUACAAGCUAGUACUAAUUAUGCUUAAUGUGUGACUCUUAAUGCUGACUCAGCUCUUUAACACCUCCUGACAGACGGAGGGGAGUAAAUGGGACAGUGGGUACCUCCUACGUCUCAUCCAAAUCCAAGGUGACAUCUGUCUACUGCAGGGCACAUCAUGAGGGUCCCAGGGUCAAAAAUCUGAGGCUAGAUCACUGUCAGAAAAUGGGCACUCUAGUGACUGUCAGAAUGUUCUGGGCUCAGUAGUAAGAUGUAUGGUCAACCAGGUUCCUUUCUUACAGACCCGGCUCUGACCGAGCUUUCCUCUCAAUGAUGCUGGUUCUGUCUGAUGUGCUUGCCUUUCAAAAAUCUCAAUUUCAAGUCAUAUCCUUGUUGAGUUUAAAGUUGUUUUAAAAUAUAUACAACAGUAUUCACAGCAUUUAGUUCAUUUAAUUUUUAUUAUAAAGCAAUCUACUAAAAAAAUACAAUUGUAUUUGAACCUUCCGAUCUCUGUGAGCUAUGAUGACCAGAAGUCAGAGUCCUUUUGUGUUUAAACAACUGUAUGCUUACUCUUUUAACGUAAUUCCUGCUUAUAUACGGGAAGUGGGAAGUGGUUCUCAACUGUCAUCCACCUGCAUCCUUUGCCCAGGCGGCGAUGUGGUUUGGACCUCAGGUCUGUAAUGGCAAUGCUUUUGAUGAAAGAUGUUGCACAAGUGCUAUUUGUUAGUUAUGAAAUCAGGUUUUCUGCUUGUUCUUAAUGCCAUGGUCAAAUCAUAGCACAAAAUCAUUAAAAAUAAUCAGUGAUAAA